CCAUUGCUUAACUCACACACUGUAAGAAGAAAAAUGCUAGAGUGAUUCGAAGGAAAGAACAGAGGAAAAGAAAGCAAGAACUAGUUGCUGCCGGAAGAGGAAGACCAAGAAGAAUGUAUUCGAAGAGAAGAAUAGAGGAAAGGAAAGCAAGAUGCCAGAGGAGGAAGACCAAAAUGAAAGGGCAAGGGGGUCUAGGGUGCCCAGAGGACUUAUCAGGUCCAUCCCUUGGAAGUAAUGGAUUUCUUGGGGAUGAUGAAUCAACGGCACAAAACUUUGUGCAGAGAGAAUUGCGUCGAAAGCAUUCAGUUGUUGGCACUCCUGACUAUUUAGCCCCUGAAAUACUUCUCGGCACAGGACAUGGAGAUCGGUGGUCUGUGGGUGUCAUUCUUUAUGAAUUACUCAAGGGUAUCCCUCCAUUCAAUGCUGAAACCCCACAGCAUGUGAUCCCACCGGUUGCAGGAUAUUUUUGACAAUAUAAAGAAUAGAAAUAUACCUUGGCCCAAGGUACCAGAAGAGAUAAGCUAUGAAGCACAGGAUCUGAUAGACAAAUUGUUAACAGAAAAUCCUGUUCAAUGACUAGGAGCAACAGGAGCUGGAGAGGUUAAGGAGCAUCCUAGUUUCAAGGACAUUAGCUGGGACACGCUUGCAAGGCAAAAGCAGCAGAAGCCCAUGGUGCAAGUUACUUUAUGAGCCGUUAUACAUGAAACCCAGAGGAUGAUCAUGUUCAUGGAGGUAGGCACUUUGAUGAGUUGACCGAUACUUGUAGCACAGAUUCUCUCAGCAAUGUACAGGAUGAAUAUGGGGAUGAGUGUGGCAGUUUGACAGACUUCCGUGACCCAACCCUUGCCGUGAAGUACUCGUUUAAUAAUUUCUCAUUUAAGAACCUGUUGUUACAGUUCCCUUCCAUCAAUUAUGAUCUGAUUGUCAAGAGCACAAAGGGAGCAGCAGAAUCGUCCAAAACCAUUCGUGCCAUGAUUGACGCCUGUUUGCACGCAGCUUACCUUUCAUCUUCAAUGCAAUCACUUCUCUAAGUGAUUCCUUCACAAAGGAAAUUUGCCACCACAGUAAAGUUCAAGAAUGUCCAAUGCGGUUAAGCGGCUUUUGUUGGAAGUACAACUGUUACUCUUCCUGAAGAAAAAUUGUCAUCCAAU